UUGAAGUGGACCAGUACAUUUGAUCAACGGAUGAAAAAAAUCAACGUAAAUGACCCGAAAAACGAAAUAUUGCAGAAAUAUCUGAGAAGUUUCUCUUGUUUAAAAACGUCUCUAGGAGUAACAUUGCUCGAGUCAGAUUUUGAAAAGAAAUUGGAUGAGUUCAAUACAACUCAAAGUCUUCCUGCAACAAUUAAUGGCCUACAUCAGUCUACGAUUUCUUUUUCGAAUACUUGGUCCAGGAAUUCAGGAAAAUUGAUUUCACUUUUUAAAAAAUCAAAAACAAGAGAAGUGAGGCACUUUUUUCAAUUGCAUAAGGACACCAUAGAAAAAGGGACUCACAAUGAUGUAGUAGCAUUAUUUUUGUUGCCAAUUUGUUUUAAAGUAACAAAGACUUUCAAAGAAGGAAAUGCCACGAUUUCUUAUUCCAAAGAAGAGAUUUCCAGGAGUUUUAUAUUAAACGUGCAAGAUCCUGAAAAUGUAGACACAGAAGUAAAGGAAUACGAGAAUUGGUUACAGCAGAGGAAUCUACCUAUUCUUCCGUACGUCGUCUUGUGUGGAGAAAUUGGGAGGAUUUACCAAUCGUAUGUCAUUUUUAAUGGCGAAAAAUAUCCUCAUGUAGAUCCCGUAAAAGCUGUCGAAUCAUGCUACAAAUGUUUGAAAGCAUUAGAUAGAUGGCCCACUAUUUGUGAUUUUGUUUGGGGACUUUUAGGAAAGUUAGUCUAUGGAUUUGAUCUGUUUAAAAGUUGUGCGCCUGUUACUAAGUUUUUAGUGGAACUGAAAAGAUGUAAGUAAUUUUUUUAAAAGUUACAAGUGUGUUAUAAGAUCGAUUGAAAAGUUUUGUGCCUUUUACAAAGUCACUAAUGGA